UCCUCCAAACGUCAUACGGAGUUCUUAAGUGAUGUGAUCUCUCACUAUUUAACGUAAAAAAUAUUAAAAGAAAAAACGAUGCGUCUAUAGUGUUGUGGGCGACAAUCGUCGCAGUGACAGACUGAACGGCACUGUCUUUAACAGACUUGAUCCAUGUGCGUCAGUCCGGUAUUGGUGUCCAAGGAGAUAACGUGAUGUGACAACGAUACGUAUUAAAGUGGCAGUGGAAUAGUUUUGUGAAAGUGUGCAGCGAGCGUGAGUGAACAGACGGCUGCCGGCGCGGCCGGCGCCCCGUCACAAUGUUGAAUUGCACCGAUUUGGAAUGCAUCCUGCACCACCACCAUUAUUAUGCCCAUCUACACCACAUACAUCACCUGCAAAAUGCGCAGGAAUCAGCAAUGUCGGCCGACAGGUCGACGACAGAUAUUCAUGGCUUACUCAACGAUACUGAAUCUGAUCUCACCGGACUAUCACAUGUUGAUGCCCCGAAUGAUGCGAAUUACAUGAUCGGAGGUGUAGUGAUUGCCAUGGCCCUCGUUGGGCUCAUAAUUGUGUUGCUGGCUCUCACAAUCAACAAGCUGCGUAAGCGCGAGGAGCACUCGGCUUCGGUGCACCCAGCCGAAGCUGUGCUCCAAACCGCGCCGCAACCACCGCCUGAGCCUCUUGCCUUUCGUCAGCAGCCCUUGUGGCAGUUCCCACCACCGCUGCCUCCGCCUUACGUCUAUCCUCAUGAUCAGGACAACUUGAUGCAGCCUAUUGGUAACGAGCGGGCGAGUUUUCGCAGUUUACGCAAGAACAUCGGCGGUCGUUGGAAGCGACUCGUGAAAAAGAAACCCGAACAGGAAGUGUACACGAUCCCGCCUGAGUUGAAACCUCAACUCAAGCAAAUAUACGUGUACUAAUUACUUCCCAUCGGAAACAAAGGCGAAGAAGCGGGACCUUCAAUGCUGCUAUAAAUUAGACUUCAACCAAACGUUCUAUGGUUGUAAUUUAUCAAUUCAUAUCUUAGUAACUUCAAACCAUAUCUGUACUCGAACAUAAGUUGAAAGCAUCUUAUCAUGGGCUUUAGCCCGCUAUAUCUUUGAACAUAUCUAUUCGACCAAUUUUUUCUAAAGACCAAUGAUAACCCUAUUUCAUUCAACACUUCAUUGUGAUUUUAAGCCUAGAUGUAUUAAUAAGUAUUAGAACAUUGAAGUUUGAGUGUUGUUCUGUUAUUUUGAUAUUUGAAUGUUGAAUUAUGAGUGAUAGUCAAAUGAAUUAGUUUAAUUUUUAAUUUAAAGUUACGAAUGAAAUUAGGAAGAUGCGGUCGCGCAUACUAGUGACGAAAAUCCAAUAAUUAUGAUAAAAGAAGCAGAUGCCUUGAAUGUAAUUUUAAUUAAUUAGGGCAUUUCGUAGGUCAUUAACUUAUUAUAGACGUGGUCGUUUCUAUAGUUGAAUAUCGAUCAAAUAGUGUCAUGAAAUAUAUUCUAUCCAUACACACGUAUGUUAACUUGAUAACUUGUGAAAGUGAUUGUAAAACCUCAUUGUUGGAUACAGUAUUUUAUAUCAAGCAUUUGAGUUGCGAGCGAGACUGAAAUAUUGUUCAAAUUAAUCUAUGUAACGUAACGUUAAAAUUGUAACAGACAUCGAUUCUAUGUAUCCGGUAUUUGAAAAUUAUUUCUCCACUGAGAAUUACAAACGACCUAGUUUUACUGUUACGUUACUUGCACGCUUUGGUAGUGUAAUUUUCAGGUUUUCGCCCGGUCUUUUCCUACUGUGAUAUAAAGUUAAAAAUGAAUGAAUAAAAGUUAUUGAUGAUGAAAUGUUGAGUUUUAAAUUCGCCUUGACCUUGUCAAUUAUCAGUAGGAUGGGCCGACGGUCGAGAAUUGUGAUAGCUCAUAUUGAGCCUGAUAUUCUGAUGAAUUAAGUUUGUAGCUAAUAGGUACAAUAAACUCAGCCAUGGUAAAUAUAUUUUUCGUUAAAUCUAUCUGUUGCAAAUGAUACAAUAUUAUAUUUAAUGUAUUUUAACAGUAUGCGGUUACUUUUAGAAACUGUAAUCUAUCAUUGACAUAGAGAAAAAUAAAUUCCAUCAUGAUAAUGUUA